AUGUACAGCUGCGAUGAUCAUGCCUUAAAGAUUGUCGAUAUUGGAACCAUCAAGUUGAAGUUGCAUGAUGGUACAAUUUGCACUAUUCGAGAAGUGCAGCAUGUGGAAGGCCUGAGGAAGAAUUUGUUGUCUUUAGGACAACUAGAUGAACUUGACUGCAGAAUUGUGGUUGAGAAAGGGAUCAUGAAAGUGAUUCGAGGAGCGCUUGUACUAUUGAAGGAAGAAAAGGUGACAGCAAGAUUAUACAUGUUGAAGGGAGAGACUCUGUUGGAAGGAGAAGCAUCAGUUGCUUCAAGUAAUCCAAGUGAAAAAUCUACAAUAGUGUGGCAUCAGAAACUUGGACAUAUGUCUGAACAAGGAAUGAAAAUUCUUGUGGAGCAUAGUCUACUUCUGAGUCUCACAAAGGUAUUAUUACCCUUUUGUGAAUAUUGUGUUACAAGUAAGCAGCAUAGGUUGAAGUUCAACACAUCAAAUUCUAGAAGCAAAGAAAUUCUAGAAUUGGUUCACUCUUAUGUAUGGCAAGCACCAGUUCCGUCCCUGGGAGGAGCAAAGUAUUUUGUGUCCUUCAUAGAUGACUAUUUCAGGAGAUGUUGGGUGUAUCCUAUCAAGAGGAAGGCAUAUGUGUUUCCAGUCUUCAAAGUAUACAAAGCGCGGAUGGAACUUGAGUCUAGAAAGAAAAUCUAG